AUGGCUUUCCGACUCGGCGGAGGCCCCGGCUACGCCUACGGAACUGGUCGCGCGCUCGGCGUCGGCGGUGCUUACGGCGCCAGCGGUGUGUACGGCGCCGGCGGGGCGUACGGCGCCGGCGGUGCACUCGGCGGCGGCGGCGCGGACUGCGGCACGGCGACCUGCGCCAACGCCACGGCCUGCAUGGGCUGCGGCCCUGGCUGCGGCGUGGCCUGCGCCGAGGGCUCAGGCUGCGGCACGGGUGGCGCCACGACCAUAAGCUACGUGGGCCCGGGGGGCGACUACGCCCAGGAGACCACCUACAGGUACGUCGGCAUGGGUGCGGGCGAGUUCGGGGCGGUCCGCAUCCCUGGGCGCGGCCCCAACAUGUGCCUGAUCUGCCUCGUCCCCCUGGGGCUGUCGCUCCUCGCGCUGCCAUUCCUGAUGUUUGCGAUGCCGCCCACCACCACGGAGAAGAAGAUUAACUGCGGCGAGGGCGAUGUCGUGUCCUGGGACGUGCCCAAGAAGGUCUACUGCUGCCUGCACGAGGGCAAGGGAUGCCCGACGACACCGACUGCUCCCAGCACUAUGCCGGCGCCGGUGCCAGUCCCUGUCCCCGUCACGGUCGCGCCAGUGGUCACCACGGCAAGGAGCACCACGUCCCCGUGCCCGAUAGACUGCAACGCUGGAUACAACGAUCUCGACCCGCUGCAGUGGGUCCGCGGCUGGUCCGGCGAGAAGAAGCUCUACUGCUGCAAGACCGCGAACAAGGGCUGUCCCUCGGAGCUGCCCCCGCCCUCCGGCCUCCCGCAGGACGACGCCCCCCCCGAGAAGGACAACAGCGAGUACGACUGCGACGCGGGCUACCACCACUGCAUGCACUGCCUGGAGCUGUCCUGGUCGCCGCAGAAGAUCGACUACUGCUGCAAGAAGGAGCACAAGGGCUGCAAGGGCGAGGAGCCCGAGUGA